AUGCCUAUAGGCUUCCCGCGCCUUCAGUACGGCUUAUUAGUUGGGAUUGGGGGUGGUGUGCCGACAAGAACAGACCAAGGAAUGAUCCGUCUAGGGCAUGUCGUGGCACGAGCCGGUCACUUUGAACGGAAGGGUGUCCUUGCACCUCCGCCAACAAUACUCCUCAAUGCCGCUCGAGAGUUGGCUGUGCAGCGUCGACGAAUGGAUCAUGAUCCGAUUUGGGAGAAUACCCAGAGGAUACAAACUAAUCGCCGGAGUCUUCGUCAUUUUAAGUUUCCCGGCCUUGCGAAUGAUCACCUCUACCAACCAGACUAUAGACAUCGGCAGAACGGGCUAACGUGUGAAGAGAGCGGAUGUGAUCCGAAGCGGCGUAUUGAGCGACCGAUGGAAGAAGAUGACGACCCCUUUAUUGCCGUACAUAGAGGUUUAAUAGCAUCUGGGGAGCUAGUGAUCAAAGAUGCCCAGAAAAGAGAUAGUCUGGCGCAAGAGCAUGAGGUGUUAUGCUUUGAGAUGGAAGCGGUAGGGGCUCUUGUCGAUUUCCCAUGUAUGGUUAUUCGAGGCAUAUCCGACUAUUGCGAUUCGCACAAGAAUGACGUCUGGCACUGCUACGCAGCGGCGGUGGCUGCUGCUUAUGCAAGACAGUUAUUCUUCCACCUGCCUAUAGAGAUGCCUAUAGAAGAGAUGCCGAGCAAUUCCGAACCAGCUACUACUUUCGCGCUCCCGUUGAAUUUAUCGGGGAUCUUCGAAGCACCACAGUUCGUUGCAAGAAAGGAUGAGCUCAAGCGAAUCGAAGAAGUUUUCAAAGGCACUGCUGGGCGUCGCAUUGCCGUACUGCACGGCUUAGGUGGAAUUGGCAAGACACAGCUAGCCAUCGCAUAUACCAAGCGAUAUACCACGAAUACCUCUAAGUACUCGGCGACAAUAUGGUUCAACGCCAGAGACGAAACAGCACUAAAGCAAAGUUUCUCUCGUGUGGCGGAUUGGAUUAUACGCCAUCAUCCGUCCAUCACAUACAUGACAACCGCUUUGAAGAGCCGCGAUUUAGAUCAGGUGGUGGCAGCGGUAAAACAGUGGUUGGAAGAGCCUAUGAAUCAUAAUUGGUUGGCUGUUUAUGACAACUAUGACAACCCCUUGUUGAGCAACAAUAAGGAGGAACGCGUUAGCCACACCUGUGCCGAUGAAGACUCCACGAUGGCAUUCGAUCUGCGCAGGUAUCUACCCGAGACUGACCAUGGUGCUAUCAUCGUGACUACACGGUCUUCUAGGGUAAAGCUAGGUCAGACUAUCAAAAUAUGCAAGCUCGAAGAUAUGAAUGAUAGCCUGGAGAUUUUGAUGUCUGUUUCUGGCCGGGAGCGCUUAAAACAAGACCCGGCUGCUAACGAUCUCGUAAAGCGGCUCGAUGGACUUCCCCUCGCCCUUGCGACUGCUGGUGCAUACUUAGAGCAAGUAUCAGUGACUUGCACGGAGUAUCUCCAGUUGUAUCGUGAUUCAUGGCAGCAAUUACACAAAGACACACCGCAUCUACCGACAUAUGACCAAACUUUAUACUCAACUUGGAAUGUUUCCUAUGUCCAUAUCAAAAAGCAGAGCCCAGUUGCAGCCAUCCUCCUUCGACAAUGGGCCUAUUUCGAUCAUGAAGACUUGUGGUACGAGCUUUUAGCGGAUUGCGGGCCAUACAGACCAGAAUGGCUAGGGGAAAUACUGAAGACUAAGCUUACUUUUCACGACAGCCUGAGGCUGUUGUGCAGUCACGGGCUGGUUGAGGCUGAUCAGUCUGUUGUGUCACAGCAAGUGGAAUCAAGAGGAUACAGCGUACAUGGGUGCGUCCAUUCUUGGAUGAUACAUGUGCUUAAUGAAGAGUUUGAUAGUGACAUGGCUUAUACUGCGCUCAAAUGCGUGGCAGCUCAUGUUCCAUUGAAAGAUCAGCCCAAGUUCUGGCUCAGUCAAAGGCGGCUUAUUGCUCAUACGGACAGAUGCCUAGCAACAAUAAGGAAUAUAGGCAUUGGAGAAGAGAUAAUAGAGGAUCUACAUUCCCUAGGAAUUCUCUACGCAGACCAAGGCCGCAUUGAGGAGGCAGAAAAAAUAUAUAACCGAGCACUACAAGGAUCCGAGAACGCGAGGGGACCGGAACACAUAUCGACGCUCAACAUAGCCAAUGACCUAGGCUACCUCUAUGUAGACCAAGGUCGGCUUGAUAAGGCAGAGGCAAUGUACGAUCGAGCACUCCAAGGCAAGGAAAAGGCAUUAGGACCAGAAGACACAUCGACACUCAACACAGUCAACAAUACAGGUCUUCUCUACGCAAGCCAAGGCCGGUUUGAUGAGGCAGAGGUGAAAUUCAACCGAGCCCUACAAGGUUUUCAGAACACGUGGGGACCGGCACACACCUUAACACUGCAUCCAGUCAACAAUCUAGGCAACCUCUACGCAAGACAAGGCCGGUUUAGUGAGGCGGAAGCCAUGUAUAUUCGAGCAUUACAAGGCUACGAGAACGCGUGGGGACCGGAACACACGUCAACGCUUAACUGUGUCAAUAACCUAGGCAACAUCUAUGCAGAGCAAGGCCAGCUCAAGGAGGCAGAAUCAAUGUACAACCGGGCACUGGAAGGUUACGAGAAGGCAAAGGGACUAGAAAGCCCUUUAACUCUCUAUACUGUGAAUAACCUAGCCAACGUUUUUAUAAACCAACGCCGGCUCGAUAAGGCAGAAGCGAUGUAUAAUCGAGCUCUGCAAGGGUUUGAGAACGCAUGGGGGCCGGAACAUAUGUCAACCCUAGAUACCGUCAACAAUUUGGGCAAACUUUAUUCAGAGAAAGGCCGGCUCAGCGAUGCGGAAGCAAUGUAUGGUCGAGCAUUGCAAGGUUACGAGAAGGCUUUAGGGCCGGGCUUAGCUGCGACCUACGUACCGACUUUGAAUACGCUUGAAAAUAUUGCUGAUGUAUUUGUGAAGCUAGGAAAGUUUGACGAAGCUCUUCUGUAUUACUAUCGGGCCCGUGAUGGCGUCGAGAUCGUUUUUGGACGUGAUAGUUCGAAAUAUUUGGGACUCCUUAGUAGAAUAUCCUCUGCAGAGUCUAGGUACAAUGGGUUGGAUUCUUCACGUCAAGAAUCCUCCAUCCGAAGGAAAUUGGCCAAUCUAUGGAAAAAGGCAAGGAAGGAAAGCUGAUUUGUUUAUGUACUGUUUAGUGGUUGGAAAAAGCAAGAUGUGUUCGAG